UUUUACCCCCACAUGUGGGGGGGGGGGGGGGGUUCACUUUCUAAAACUUUUUGAGUCAGGCCUUCUGCAAGGCUCUCAUCAUUUAGUUGACAGACAACGUUGGUCUUUUAUAAAUGAUACACCGCUGGAUCGAGCAUGCGUCCCCAACUCUUGAACCGGCCCGUGUCAAACUCCCACGACCGCUCUCUCUCUCUCUCGAGUCCAGAUGCGCUACCCUGGCGUGCUCUCCCCACUUUGUCGCACUCCUGUGACUACUCAUGGCCACACUCUGACUCUCCUCCACAUCUCGUAAACAUUCCCCUCUGUACAUCGAAUUGCUAUUUCGAACCCCCUUACCCCCGCUCACUCUCCAAGUCGCCUUAGAUCCUCCGGAUCUACAUUUGCUUGAUGUCUACUCCACAAACGUUGCAAUAUUUUUCACCUCGGUUCUUGACAUCUGCUAUCCUACCAGCUACCUGUUUCCUACUGAUUAAUUAUUUACCAAUAUACUUUCUACCCCCUUCUCAUGCUAUUAAUCUUACCCGUACGGCCUUGUCAACCAUUCACAUACCCAUUGUUAUGCUUAACAUCACGAUCCUUACCUGGCUCUUAUUCUCACCGUGUGCCCCCAAUACUGCCCUUGUUCAACCCCUACCCACGCUCUCGGGGCAUGACGUCCAUCAUUCCCAGUCUAAGAUAUUACACAGGCACGGGCAUACACAGAAAGAUAAGGUGAAAUAGACACACAGACACGGGGACAGAGAGACAGAGAAAAUGCAUUUUCCUUUAGUCGGUUUGGGCAGGACACGUUGUUAGUCACGAACACCAACAGUAUAUCUAGGUGUUACAGGACAGGUUACUCGUCAAUUACACCUACAGUACAUCUAGGUGUUAGAGUUCACGAGUGUAGAGACUCGACAACUGUCACACCUAGAACUUUGUGUUUAUCUUUCUGUCUCUGUAUGUCCAUCUCCUUGAUCACACAGUGACUGAGAUAGACACGUGUCCUUCAAGCAUCGCAUGAUUGCAUUGACAUGCAUAAAUUGACUACUUUUUUUCUGUGACAUUGCAAGGAAUAAAUUAGUUUAUUUUGAAUCCAAUGUUAAAUAAAAUGGCCAUUUUAUAAAAAUAUUACCACGUAAAAUUAGUAAUGCAGAGGUCACCGUGUUGAACUCAAGUGAGUAGAGGAAAGGAAUGACUCCGUUAAAUAAAUAAAUAACACAUAUCGACGCUAGUGACGUCACAUACGCGCUUCUAAACCACGUGUCACAACAGGAAAUCUAUAACCACGCGUCACGGCCGGAAAUGUUGACGUUACUAAAGGGGCUGUCUGAGCACGUGAUCACACUUGGACUUUGGCGACACGAGCGGCAAGAUGCUCCUGCUACUGCUGCUGCUGCAGUUGGGCCCCGUGUCUGUUGGGAACGUCUUCCCCCUCUUCGCGGGCAAGGAGGAAGGCGACGUGGACUACCCCAUACCAAUGCCACCAUGCCCGAAACCCGACAUGGUCGUAAUGUCAUGGACUCUCGCGUUGCUUGCGAGUUGGUUCAUAUUGAUGGCGAUUACAAUCAUAGGCGUCAUGUCGUGUCCUCGUCAGUGCUUCGGUAUAUUUCCUGUGCCAGGCGCUUUCCAAACUAUUCGUUCUUAUCCUUGUAUAUUUUCAGCUAUGUCAACGCACAAACAACACUACGAGCUGCUGCGUCAGGCGAAUGAGGUGCAGGAGGAGCAAGUCGCGAUGAUGUUUCAGAAGAACAAGGUGCUGCGCGAGCGGACGGAGGCGGCGCUUCGGGAGAUGGAGGCGUUGCGUCGGGAGAAUAUUCUGCAACAGCGAGCGAUCGAGUAUCACGAGACGCUGCGUCAAGAAAGCCAGACGCUGCACGAGGAGAACGUGACGCUGUAUCAGGAGAUCGUGGCGCUGUUUCAGCAGAAGGAGAUGCUCCACCAGGAGAUGGAGACGCUGAGUCUUGCCGCCACCACAGACGAUGCCGCCACGGCCAUCACUGCCGCCGCCUCCACGACCACCCUCACCAGCAGGCAUCCCCACGACGACAGCCGAGACAUCUAAAUUUAGAUGGCUCAAACAAUUCUUCCUGUAAACUUUUAAAUUCGGGCAGUUUAAAGAUCGCUUUAGCUUCAAGUUUGCCCCAAUUAAAAAGUAACGAAAAGAAUACACGAAUAAGAUCCCUCGUCUCGCCUUGAACAGACUGUUGGACAAGUGCUAUUAGCAAGAACCAAUGAAGGCCAGCAUCGACACAAGAAGCGGUUGUUGAACAAUGCCACGCCUGAAGAUCUUCAUCGUCCCAGUGCUGAAGUUUAUACACUGCAUUAAGAUCUAAUUUUAGGCUAAAAUAAAAAAAGAAUUCCCAACUGUUAUUGGUCAUAAGUUAGAAUCGAACUCCGGUGGGCGGGUUCUUAACACUGAGCUAACUACAGUGCCACCGCUCUUGACACAGACAUACACACACACAUGUUACGAAUGAACACGCGUUUCGAAUGUCAAUUUCUUUGAACCUCUGAACUCAAUAUUACAUUUUCUGUACUGCACAUACUGGACGUAGAAAUCGU